AUGGUGAUACAUAAUUCAACCUCAUCUACAAAAGGUAAUUUAUGGUUAUUCUGGAAUGCUUCUUUAUCUACUCCUCAAGUUAUUUUAAUGUCUACCCAAAUGGUAACUGUCAGUAUUGGUGAAGUAUUAGUUUAUGGUGUUCAUGCUCGUGUUAAAAAGAGUCAAAGAAAGUUUCUAUGGUCAGAGAUGGAAAUCAUUAGUCAGCUACAAAAACCAUGGGCUGUUUUAGGUGACUUUAAUGCUAUAAUUUCACCUGAAGAGAAAUUUGGUGGUAAAGCUCCAAACAGAAUUUCAAUGAUGGAUUUUAUUCAUUUCCUUAAUGAAUGUAACUUAAUUCAAGCUCCUAGUACAGGUCAGCAAUACACUUGGUCCAAUUGUCAACAAGGAACAAAAAGAAUCCUAUGUGUUCUAGAUAGAGUUGUUUUCAACUCUUUAUGGUUACAGAAGUAUGGUGAUUGGGGAUAUAAUGUUGGAUUGAGGAUAGUUUCAGAUCAUGCUCCAUUAUUAUGUGGUUGUGAAAGCAUACCCAGACCAAAGAAUGUUCCCUGGAAAUUUAAGAAAAUGUGGAUUGAUCAUCCAUCAUUCUUAAGUGAAGUGAAGAAAGUAUGGACUGGGAAUAUUAUUGGUGAUCCAUAUUUUAUUUUCAUGCAGAAGCUAAAAAAGCUAAAAUAA